AUGUCCGGAAGAGGAAAAGGAGGAAAAGCUAAGACCGGUGGAAAGGCCAAGUCUCGCUCGUCAAGAGCCGGACUUCAAUUCCCAGUCGGUCGUCUUCAUCGUAUUCUCCGUAAAGGAAACUACGCUCAACGCGUCGGAGCUGGAGCCCCAGUCUACUUGGCCGCCGAUCUUGAAUACCUCGCUGCUGAAGCUCUCGAAUUGGCUGGAAACGCUGCCCGUGACAAUAAGAAGACCCGUAUCGCCCCAAGACAUCUUCAACUCGCUGUUCGUAACGACGAAGAGCUCAACAAGCUCUUGGCUGGAGUGACCAUCGCACAGGGAGGAGUUCUUCCAAACAUCCAAGCUGUCCUUCUGCCAAAGAAGACUGGAGGAGACAAGGAAUAA